GCGUCCGAGUGGGUCAUCCCUCGCUCAGUGACGGCGGCUGCAGGAAUAGGGUAUAGCAAGCCGGCUCACUCGGAUUACAACACUGUGUUCAUGACGGACAGAAAACUUUUCGGAACUUAGGAAAAGUUUUCCAGGAAUCUCCAAAAUGGAGAAGAACCGGACUGGUGGUUCGGGCAGGACAUAUAGCCCGUGUGCGCGUUUUAUUUUGUGGAUUUUCGCAUGUCUUGGAAUUACUUUGCUCAGUCUUCUAAUCGCCUUUGUCGCUUGGACGAUUUUGUCCUACCACGAUUCGUUGGUUUCUCUCCAAAACAGAGUUGGAAAAUUGGAGAAAGAAUGCUCAGAGUAUAAAAAUAAUAUCAAUAAAUAUGUUGACACGCGAGUGCAGAAGCUCAUACAGGAGCACCUGGAGGAACGUACGCACAAAUCUGACGUCGUCAAGAGGGCCGUAGGAAGCUGCCUCUGUCCACCAGGAGCCAAGGGGGACAAAGGAGACCUGGGACCAGUGGGUUCCAAAGGAGAAAAUGGUUUUCCGGGUCCCAUCGGCCCACCCGGGAAGAGUGGGGAAUCGGGAAACCAAGGACCAAAGGGAGACAAGGGAGGCAAGGGAGAUGGUGGGGAGGUGGGCAUGAAGGGCGAGCCUGGCCUGGCCGGGUAUGACGGCCUGCCUGGAGCUAAGGGUGACCGCGGACCACCAGGCCUUCCUGCCGGAUUGGAGGUGGACGAAUAUGGCCAGAGAGUCAUUGAGCUGAAGGGAGAACCAGGCGAGCGGGGUCCUCCAGGACCUCCAGGUGAUGCCGGACCACCAGGACUACCAGGAUACGACGGGAUUGUUGGACCCCCAGGACCAGCGGGCCCGCCAGGACCAGUAGGACCACCAGGCUUAGCAGGAAAAGAUGGCAUGCCAGGAGAACCGGGUGAGAAAGGGGAGAUAGGCCGCCCGGGGAUGCCCGGACGCUUAGGGUCCAAAGGCGCGAAGGGAGAGUUGGGCAAGCCAGGACUGACCAAGUUCAAUGGACAGCCGGGUCCCCAGGGGAUACAGGGGCCCAAGGGAGACUUAGGUCCGGCAGGACCCCAAGGUCAGAUCGGUCUUCCAGGCGCCCCAGGCCCCCUCGGGGCAAAAGGGGAUAGGGGAAAGCGGGGGAAACGGGGCAGGAGGGGACAUCGAGGGGAGAAGGGCAUGCUGGGAAGGUUUGGCUUCCCCGGCCCCCAGGGGCCACCGGGUGACCUUGGCCCCCAGGGUGAGAAGGGCUCAUUCGGUCUCCCAGGGCAACAGGGAGUAAGAGGAGAUGCUGGGAUGCCAGGGCGGAACGGAAUCGAUGGCGGAAAGGGAAUCGUUGGCCCACCUGGGGAGCCGGGACUCAAGGGGGACCCUGGUGAGGAGGGACCUAACGGUUUACCUGGGAUGAUCGGACCACCUGGCCUGCCUGGCCCACCUGCCAUGCCACCACCAAGGACACGGGGCGAACCAGGAAUGGUUGAAGGCGUUGUUGGCAGCGGUGAAGGGCUUCCAGGCCCUCCUGGACCCCCCGGACCAAUGGGACCAAUGGGACUGCAGGGGCCGCCAGGUAUUAAGGGUGAUAUUGGACCACUGGGACCAAAAGGCGAAUCAGGACAGCAAGGACAGAAGGGGGAUGCAGGUUCUAUAGGACUUCCUGGGGCCGAGGGGCCGGCAGGGUCGCCGGGCGAGUCAGGGAAACCAGGCAUUGUGGGCAAACCUGGCCCAAAAGGUCCUCCAGGUCCGGCAGGACCGGGAAUGUCUGGGAUCGUGCUGGGAGAAGACGGAGCUUGCCGGUGUGAGAAGGGAGACAAGGGGGAUAAGGGAAUUGCGGGCAAACGUGGUCGGCGCGGAAAGAGGGGUCCGAAGGGUGAACAGGGCAGCCCCGGGCUAGACGCUCCCUGUCCCAUCGGUCCCGACGGGCUCCCUCUGCCCGGGUGUGGUUGGAGGAUGCCACCGAACCAGGGGCUGCCUGGACUGGAUGCCCCGUGUCCGGUAGGCCCAGAUGGACUUCCAAUCACAGGCUGCGGAGACACAAGUUAUGAGGCCAGGAGUGCCCGCUCGCUGCACAAAUCCCGACGUAAGCAGCGCAAGAACUUGCGGCCGUAGAUCAGUGACAUGGCACGAGGUAGGUGGGCAUGACUGUCAGGAUGUGGAUACUUUGACAAGCCAGAUGAUCAGUCAGAAUUCCACCAGAGACACGGAGACGGACAGCGGGAAAGAUUCCCUGUCUGCCAUCACAACAUCACUGUCACCAAGAUUAAACACAGUACCACAGAUAUUCAGACACACAGACACACUACUGCAUUCAUGCAUCUUUUGCCACUUCAUAUUUCUGUCACCAUUACAUCUUCCCUCCAUCAUAUCUACAAGCAUAGGGCACGAUCCUCCCAGCAGACGGCAACCCUAGCAUCGAAUAGUUGCCAAACAGAUGUCAUUCUUACAACAGAUGUUUACCUAACAGCAGACCUCAUUUAAAAUCAGAUUUUAACCAAUGGAGAAAGCCAUCAGGAAUGGCCUGAGACAUCAGAAACAUACAUCAGUUAGUCAGCAGACAUUAUUCAGAAAGCAGAUGUGUUCAAUGUUUAGAAGCAGACGUCAUUCCAAAAGCAGACAGCAUAAAGAAGCAGACGCUAUUCAGAAAGCAGACGUCAUUAAAAAAAGCAGACAUCAUUCAGAAAACAGUCAUCAUUAAGAAGCAGGCAUCAUUGUGAAAGCAAACAGCAGGCAGAAAGCCAACGUCAUUCAGAAAGCAGAUGUCAUUCAGCAGAAGUAAAGAUCAAGCAACUGGAUAUCUUCAGAAUACAGGAUUUGUGGCAUUAUGCAGUGAGAAGGAUCAUGGAGUGUUUUGAGCCUGCUGUCAACCAGUUGGGACUACUAUAGUUCAUGUUAAAUGUGAUCUGCUCAUGGACAAUGUCGCCUGCUCAUGGACAAUGUCGUCUGGUCAUGGACAAUGUCAUCUGCUCAUGGUCAAUGUCGUCUGCUCAUGGACAAUGUCGUCUGCUCAUGGACAAUGUCGUCUGGUCAUGGACAGUGUCGUCUGCUCAUGGACAAUGUUGUCUGCUCAUGGACAAUGUCGUCUGCCACAAGAUACUGGGAUUAGGUAGCUGUUGUGAGUGAUGGAAAUACUCAAUUAUUUGUUGUCUAGUAGAAACAAUUGAUGGCCUACUACAUGUAUUUUGUAACAAUUAUUUGUUAACAAAAUUAAUGAUGCAAAUUUUAUUGGUAUUUAUUUGUAAAACUUGAUUGUAUGGUGGAACUGGUCCGAGGAAUAGAUGGAGAUGGCUACAGCCAGCGAGCGGAUGGGGUGUGUGUGUGCGAGUGUUCGAGCGAGAGUGGGUCUAUUGUGUUCGUUGCAGCCAGAGAGAUUGUACAUAUACUUGUGUUCAUUUUAUGUUCAUCCCAUUAUCAGGAAUGGAGUGUCCAUCCUACUUUGUGUACAACAACCUCUGUUCACAGUGGCAGCGUCUGGUGACCAUUCUUGCUGAGUAUUUGUCCCUAUAUGAAAAUAGUCCAGGUGAACUCCAUGACGCCGACCGAAGGCCAACUGUCCUCAGCAGUGCUUUUUGUUGCAUCUUUUCUAAACCCCAUCAUCCUCAUCAGGCUCUGUGUGAGUCAGAUGACACAUUAGGCUCUUUUUGAAGUUUGUGAAUAAAUUCAUUUACCAAGCAUAAUGACGUACUUCAAUCAUCAAUGACGUGCCUGAAAUUGUUUCGAGUGGUCUUUCAUGAUUAUGUUGAAGUUUUGCCAUCUUUUUAUAAUUGUUCAUCUAGACUUGUUUUCAGUGUCGUAACACAUGCAAAGCUGUUUGUUUGGUUUUGGAAGUCUCCCCAGGAAUAGUGUCUAGCCCUGUAAAGUGUCAGUACUGAUACAUUAUAGUCAGAAGAUAACCCUAAACAAUCUUGUAGUAUAGGUCUACAGCAUACACAGACACAGUAGUACUAACACAUCUGUUAUCAUGGUUAUCUUACACAUAUCAUGCAGUAACCAUGGUAACAAAAUAAUGUAUGAUACCCAUAUUAGUGUAAAAUGUUAUGAAAAAGCUUCCUACCAUGAGACAAUAUUAAUCAGUGCUGAAUCUAAGAUCUACGAACAUUACUGUAUAAAAUGACAUUCAUAGAUCUUUUGUCUGUUAAAAAGCAAAUAUGAACAGUAAUUCAGCUUACUUUUUCUUUGUGUAUUAGCAAUGUCUACAUGGUCUUGUAGGGCACUCUACAAGGGUCAUGUUUUGUUGACAGAUUUUGACAUGUGAUAUUCAUGUACUGGUUGUCUACUUCCGAGUGGGGCUCUUCGUGUGUUAGCCCUGUGUCAGAACUCCCUGCACUGCAUGUGCUCUAAGGCAGGGCAAGGAGCUUGCUUACAUGCUUAUGUCUUGUACUGAUUAUUGCAUAACAGGCUAUUCAAGCAAAUUGAUUUUUCGAGUCUGUAUCAUUUUUAUCAUAAAGCUAUCAGUAUGAGAUUGUGUUUUUAUUCACAAUAUUUGGAAUUUAGGAUGAUAGUAUGUCCUAUUAAUAUAGAGUUCUUUAACAGACUACAGUGGUAUUUGCCAUCUCGCUCUGCCCGACCAAGCAUUUACAACUCAGGGAAGACAACUCCGCUGCCUGUAUUCGGCACUCAUUGUUUAAAUGGGCAACUUAAUUCAUUACUAUAUUACAAAAUUAACGAGGGAAUUCCAGUUCUUCCCCUGUAACCGUGAGGGUGGAUGUGUCGGCCAUCUUGACCUGAAAGACAAGGACAAGAUGGUCCUGACGCCUGUGACACUGUUGGUCAUGUAUGGCAGUUUCUCUGUUUAUAGUUUCUCGGAUAGCUUCGAGUGUCCCUUGAGGACCUACAGGGCAUAUAACCAGAGUCAGUCCCCCACCCACCAGGGUCCUGUUCCCCUCACAGCUAGAACCCACCCAGCUCUGUGAGAACCUGGGGCAAGCUCAGGAUGUCAAACAGUACAAAGGCGGAUUCAGCAUAUUUAAAAGGGAAGGGUCCAAAAUAUCAAAUCCUAUCUGUCAGUUUUACUACCUAUAACAUACCACAUUUGGUUUUCAAAAGGGGGUGGGGGGUUCUGAACCCCCUGGACCCCACUUCUGGAUCCGCCUAUGCAGUAGAGCCCUAAGAUAUAGAACAUUUUAACCCCAGCACUGAAAGGGUUAAGACAUAUGAUACACAUUAAGGCAAGGCCAGUUUUCUUGUUUUACAGUUAUCUGCGUCAGUUAACAGGAGACUUGAACUUAAAACAACACAUUAUAAAUUAUUGUGAGGUCUGAUUUGAUGGUAGUUACCUUAAAUAAACAUGUCAUUUCUUUAAACUCUAACAAAUUUAGGGCACAUCUGUAAAACAAGAAAACGUAUUGUUUCUGUGCAAAAUGACAUCCUAGAAUGUAACUGUGUAACAAUAUGAUUCCAAACCAGUAGUAUUCUGUCCCGAGGAAGAACUCUCCCUUGGUCUUGAGAUUCCAUCAGUUUGACCCAAAUAGUAUCUCUAGGCUCACAAACUCCCUUAGUUGUAAUAAUGGUCAUAUCACCCUCUAUUCAGGGUGUGUUGGUCGAAUGAACAAUUCUUCAAAUUUAGAUUGUUUGGUUGAAUAUUAGAUCCCCCCUCAUUGAGAUCUCGCUGAUCUAAGGAAAUCUUUUUGGCCUACGCCUAGUGUAGAGGGAGAGCCUGGUAGACAAUAGGACAGUUUACCGGGAGUAGGGUAGAACUUGUACAUAUUGGCUUGUUGCUUGUACAGUGUAGAAAAUGUUAUUUGUUUAUUGAAUUGUUCUUGAAAGUCAUGAAGUCAGAUCUACGGCUUGUUUCAUUGUAACCAGGAUGGUUUUCCAUCCAUGUUUGGCAAAUAUCAUUGAUACUCCAUUUCUCAAAAGACUUCUUUUGUAAACAAGAACAUUGCAAUAUUGUGACAGAAUGUUCACUGAAUCUUUAUGAUCCACUAGCAUUGCACCUUCUGUCCAGCUGGAGGUUCUCAUGGAGAAAUAUUCUGACCAACAAGCGAUAGACUAACCAUCCAAGAUCUGCGUGAACAUGUUUAUGACUUAGCUCAAUUAACUAAGACUAUUUUAUUUGUUUUGUUCUUAACAGUUGUAAUAUCUUGCAGUAAACCGCCUAAUUGAUGUAUUAACUCAGUAUGUUUACAGAAGAUUUAAUGAAUAAAACAAUCAACCUACA